UUCCCUCUAAAAACUCUCUCUCUCUCACUCAUGGCCUUCACUUUCAUCUCGAUCCCACGCUCGCUGUCGGCACCACCACUCCCCUUCUUCUCUUUAAAACCCCAAUUAUUUCCCUCCAAACCCAACUGUCUUUCUUUCACUUCUUCUCCAAUUCUCACUCUCCGACCCCCCACCGCUAUCGGACCCGACGGCAUAUUCUACCCGGAACCGUCAGACGACGACCCACCCGAAGCUGCGGAAGAUUCCGGCCAUGGAGUAUCCAAGUUCCAGCAAAUUUACCGCCAGGCCGACCGUUCCCGGAAGCUCGCGGAGGAUGACUUUCAGAAGCACCAGUCCACAUACCUCUCCGCCAUUGCUGACGUGGAAGACCCUUCCGAGAAUCCCAACGCAGAGGACGACUCCGGGGAUGAUUUAUUCGGCGACAUAGAUAAAGCCAUUGCCCUGCAGCGCAAGGAGUUCGUGAAGAAAGGGCUUCUGAAACCGAACCCGAAGAAGAAAGAGAACGCGGAAGCUGAGAAGAUCGAAGAGUUGGAACCCGAAGAAGUCGUGGAUUUGGAGGAAAUCGAUGAGCUUCAAGGACUCAGAGUGGUCUCGGAGGGCUCGGACAAAGACGGCUCGGAGAAAUUCGACGAAGAGGUUAAUAAAUUCGGUGAUAACAAACGCGGGCCUUCUUUAGAUUCAUCGUUUGAUUUGGAUUUUGAUGGUUAUGGUAAAUCUAAGACUAGGAUUGUGGAACCCAAGUUCAAGAUGAGUUUGGCUGAGCUUUUGGAUGAGAGUAAGGUUGUACCCGUGUCGGUUUAUGGUGAUUUAGAGGUCGAGAUUACCGGGAUUCAACAUGAUUCCAGGGUGGUUUGCCCCGGAGACUUGUUUGUGUGUUGUGUCGGGAGGAAAACUGACGGGCAUUUGUAUCUAACCGAGGCUGAUAAGAGGGGGGCAGUGGCGGUGGUGGCGAGUAAGGAGAUAGAUAUAGAGGAGACAUUGGGUUGUAAGGCAUUGGUGAUUGUGGAAGACACCAAUGCGGUUCUUGCGGCAUUGGCCGCAUCUUUUUAUAGGCAUCCGUCAAAGAAUAUGGCUGUGAUUGGGAUAACGGGGACAAAUGGAAAGACGACCACGGCAUAUUUAAUAAAGGGCAUGUAUGAAGCGAUGGGAUUGAGAACUGGGAUGUUGAGCACGGUUGCUUAUUAUGUCCAUGGGGAUAACAAAUUGGAGUCCUCUAACACGACCCCGGAUGCUGUUUUGAUACAGAAUUUGAUGGCGAAGAUGCUCCAUAAUGGGACUGAAGCGGUUGUCAUGGAGGCUUCUUCUCAUGGACUAGCACUAGGUAGGUGUGAUGAAGUUGAUUUUGAUAUUGCUGUUUUCACAAAUUUGACGAGAGACCAUUUGGAUUUUCAUGGGACUGAGGAGGAGUACAGGGAUGCAAAGGCUAAACUAUUUUCAAGGAUGGUGGACCCGGAGCGAAACAGGAAAGUUGUCAACAUUGACGACCCAAAUGCACCUUUCUUUGUAGCACAAGGGAACCCAGAUGUGCCAGUUAUUACCUUUGCUAUGGAGAAUAAGAAUGCGGAUGUCCAUCCGCUCAAGUUUGAGCUCUCUUUGUUUGAGACACAGGUUUUGGUUAAUACGCCUCACGGCAUACUGGAGAUUUCAUCGGGGUUGCUUGGGAGGCAUAAUAUUUAUAAUAUUCUUGCAGCCGUGGCGGUUGGAAUUUCUGUUGGGGCACCGUUAGAAGACAUUGUCAGAGGAAUUGAAGAGGUUGAUGCAGUUCCUGGACGGUGUGAGUUGAUUGAUGAGGAACAGGCUUUUGGAGUGAUCGUGGACUAUGCUCAUACUCCCGAUGCCCUGUCUAGACUACUUGAUUCAGUAAGAGAGCUUGGACCUAGGAGGAUUAUCACUGUUUUUGGUUGUGUUGGCGAGGGUGACAGGGGGAAGAGACCUAUGAUGACAAAGAUUGCCACAGAUAAAAGUGAUGUGACGAUUCUGACAUCUGACAAUUCAAAGAAUGAAGAUCCACUGGACAUUUUGGAUGAUAUGUUGGCUGGCGUAGGAUGGACGAUGCAUGAUUACCUAAAAUAUGGUGAGAAUGAUUACUACCCACCUCUUCCAAAUGGUCAUAGGGUUUUCCUGCAUGAUAUCAGACGGGUGGCUGUACGUUGUGCUGUCGCCAUGGGGGAGGAGGGUGAUAUAGUUGUGGUUGCCGGCAAAGGCCAUGAAACAUAUCAGAUAGAAGGUGACAAGAAGGAAUUUUUUGAUGAUCGGGAAGAGUGCCGUGAGGCAUUACAAUAUGUCGAUGAGCUCCACCAAGCUGGAAUAGACACUAGUGAAUUCCCAUGGCGGUUACCAGAGAGUCAUUGAUGUAGCUAAACGGAGUACAGAGAGCAUUCAGAAUAGUCUAAGAAGGCACUUGAAGGGUGAUUUAGCUGAUUGCACUUGGAUCCCCCUUCAAUUCCUUCAAAGUAUUCAUGACAAUGGGGGCCAUGUGGGUAUUGGUUUUGGUCAAGUUAUGUACCCUUGCUUGAAAGGAGCACGGCUGCUGGAUUAUGAUUCUUAAACUCACGGAAACUCGAAAAAGUCGGCCCUAUGAAGGAAUUGAAGGUAAAUUCUUGUGAGUUGGGUGUAUGCUUAUUGCCAUGUAGAAUGAUUAUAUUCUGAUCACAAACUUUUGGGAUGUCAAAUUAACCUGUUUCUUGGUCUUAGAAGUUCAGCCCGAAGAUCAAAAUAAUAUACAUAAACGUGUCUAUAUAA